GUAAACAAAGGCAUCAAUCGCAGCAGUUGUACCCUUUCUUUGGGUGGGUUUUUGUGGUCGAAUCUAGCUUCUCACCUUCAAGGCGGACGAUCAGGAGGCAGCGGCCCAGUAGAAGGAAACCAGCGAGCGGGAAAAAAGGAAACCUGGACUUGGGAGUGUUUCUGACGUCGAACGAAGAUGCGGUGGGUGGAGUGCACUCAGGGUGACUUCUCCGGCGAGCCUCCCUCUCCACGGAGUGGGCAUUCAGCUGUGGUGGUCAACGGUUCAAUGCUGGUUGUGUUUGGUGGGCUACGGGAUAGCAAGUUUCUCGGGGAUGUGGUAGUUCUUGAUAUAGCGAAUAAAACGUGGUUCCAUCCUGAGUGCAGGGGUGGAGGUCCAGAAGGGGAGGUCGGGCCUGGUCCGCGUGCUUUCCACGUGGCAGUAUCCAUUGACUGCCAUAUGUUCAUAUUUGGUGGAAGAUCGGGACGGAAAAGACAAGGAGAUUUUUGGAUGCUGGACACUGAUACUUGGCAGUGGGUCGAGCUUACUGGAUAUGGUGAUUUGCCACCCCCACGAGAUUUUGCGGCUGGUGUUUCUGCAGGAAACGGUAACCUUGUAAUCUGUGGUGGCUCAGAUGGGAAUAAGUGGACUUCUGACGUCUAUGUUCUUAACACAAUUUCUUUGGAAUGGACUCUGGUGAGGGGGGCGAGCCCCAUGCCACCUCCAAGAUGUGCUCACGCUGCUGUAAUGGUGGAAAACCGGCAUAGCACGCAGUCGAUAGAGACACGACUCUUAAUGUUUGGCGGACGAGCAGGGGGUGGUGGUCCCAUCCUGGGAGAUUUGUGGGUGUUCAAGGGAGUCGCAGGUGAAGAGUCACCGGCAUGGACGAAGUUGACGCUUCCAGGUCCGGUGCCAGCGCCUCGGUGUGGACACUCUAUGACACCAUCUGGAACUCAGGUCUGGGUAUUUGGAGGACAGAGUACUGGAGGAUGGCUCACUCGGUACGACAUCUAUUACAACGACUCCGUGGUGCUUGAUAGAGGUGAUCAAGCGGGUGCAUUGGUGGAGCCCGAUACAUCAUCGGCAGGGGGAGGCGACAGGCUUGACACAGGUCCAACGGUUGGGGUGGUGGGGGGUGUUGGUUUUGACUCGACAUAUUUCGCCGACAUUGCCGCUCCAGCUUCCAGGGGGCCUGAACUGCAAUCGGAGAUUACUGAGUACCUGCGGGGUCUCGUUCUAGCUGCUGCUCGACCUCCGCGACCUCCAUCCGGUGGACAGCAGUCGUCCAUGAACAAUUUCGUUCUGGAUGAGCUGCUGAAAGAGUUUGACCAGGCAGUUGCCUCUUUCUUCUUUGAGAAUGCCAUGGCCUUCAAUGCCGCGAGAUAUGACUCGUAUAAGAACAUGGAAAGGAUCAUGAACCUGGCGGCUAGAUCGAGGAAGAUGUUGCGAUUGCCAGGAUACAAGCACUUGAGGAUGAAGGCCCUUCCCAUGGAGUACAAAGCCAUGGAUCAAGAUUUGGACGUGAUCCGUGAGCCGUGGGAUGUCAUAGGCUUGACCUUGAUGACAGAUGGUACAACAACGACCAGCAACAGGCCGAUCAUCAACUUCCUUGCAGGCGGCGAUUCGGGGGCUGUCAUGGUGAGGAGCAUGGACAUGGAGAGGAAGGAUAAGUCGGCCCCAACUUUGACAAGGAUGUGGGAGGAGGUCAUAAGGGAGUUGGGGGUGCAUAGGGUCAACGCCAUCUACACCGACUCAGCACAGGUCAACAUGUUUGCCAGGAAGAUAUUGGCUGAGCGCGAGGACCCUGCGAUCCGUAGCAUUCCAUGGCACCCAACCUUGACAAAGAUCGCAGUCAAAGUGAUCAGCAUGUGGACCACAGCCUCUCCGUGCGAGAGGAAUUGGUCCACGUUCGAUCUCAUUCACAUGAAGAGGAGAAAUUUGUUGAGCCCGGACAACCUGCAAAUGCUAGUCUUCAUCCAUUGGAACAAGAAGCUGCUGCGCAUGUCAAGGGUGAAGAUGGAAUUCGUCAACACUGAGCGGUUCGAGUGGGAGACACCAGAGGACGAGACGCCUUUCGAUGGUUUCAUGCGAGACGGGGAGUACGACCCCGCAGAGGUGAAGAGGAGGGCCGCUAAUUGGUACAAAUCUCGCAGCCGCAGAUCGAAGGGCACCAGAUUCGAUGUUCUCGAGCUUCUGGAGGAUAUGGUGGACGACAGGGCAUGGCUCCUUGAUCUUUCCUACCACCCUCGCCGUGUUGCGGACGAUGCCUGCUGGAAGAGCGUUGUUGCUGAUGAUGACGACGAGGAGGAGAGCGACGAUAGUGAGGGUGACGAUGAGUUACUUGAUGUGCGGCUCAUAGACAUUCAGUCCACCAGGCACUCGGGCGGCGGCGCAUGUUCUGCUAGACACGACGACAUCACGCCACCGACAGUCCUUGCAACCGGCGGGCAUUCGGCGGCUCCUUUGUUGUCGUUGUCGGACGACGUCGGUGUGCUGGAGGUUGAUGCGGAUUUUGGUGGCACUGCAGAGCAUGCGGACGGAGACAUCGGUGCGGACAUGGACGACCCGCCUCCUGGAACAGCGGAGGUCACCGAGGCUGUGGGCGGCGAUGUGAUCUCCACUCCUGACCAGGGGUUGGGGAUGGGGGAGGGGUUCGCCUCCCUUUUGCACCACGUGGCCCCCCAUUGCGCCGAGCGGCUCCAACAAGGACUUCCGUCGUUGAUUAGUCAGAGGUGUGCGAGACACUUCGAACGGUUUACUGAGAACCGUAAUCUUGUGUUAUCGUUUGAUAACAGCAGAGGUUACCAUGUGAUGUUGAUGUGGAAAGCACCAGGUGCAUCUCUAAUUGUUUCACUUGUCUUUGGUGCAGCAAGUGGUGUGCAGUGGAAGAGACCAAACAUUAGCAAUGAGCCCCCUCCUGCAAGGGCAUAUCAUACAAUGACUGCCAUCGGUAAUCGAUUCCUUCUCUUUGGGGGUUACAAUGGCAAAACCACGUUUGGUGAUGCUUGGUUUCUGGUCCCAGAAGAUGAUCCUCUGGCAAAGCGCAUACAACCGAAGAGUCCUUCUGAGAAAACAAAGUCUGCCAGCUCGACAGACAGCCGUGGCAGCAAUGUCACAGAUAAGAGACCUGGUACACCCCGGUCAUCGGUUGAGUCCAAGCAGGAUGAUGUAAAUAGAGUGAAGGGUCUGUCCGAACUGAGGGUGCGCCUCGGUUUGCCUCCCGUGGAAUUGGCAACUGGCCGAUUUUGGGAUAGCCCUCUGGAUGGAAGUGGAAAUGCAGCGCUUGUCAACCUCGGAUUGAAGUUAAUGGAAGGUGAAGAUAGAGCGAAGGAGGCAGAGACAAGGGAAACAACAGCAUUACCAAUGGAAGCUGCUUCAGUGGCAAGGAAGUACUUGAGUGAAUGCGAGCCCACGUCAUUACGAUUGUGCCAGCUGCAGGCGCUCCUUGAUGACUAUCGAAUCCUCGUAGCAGCAAAACACGAGCAGUGGCGGGUGAGGGAACAAUGUCAACAGCAUCGCUUUGCACGACGGAAGAAAAAGAAAGACGGAAAAGAUGAUGAAGACGACAACAAAGAAAGAAGUGAAGUGAAAGAGUUGAGCGCCGAAAGAAGCAUCAUGCCACCGUCAUCGGUUGUGUCUACUGCUGUUGUGAAAGUGAGUGCACCGUCUUCAAACUCCCUCUGCUCUCUCUUCUACCGGCUGCGGCGGCUCGGUUCAAGGAAGGGGGACAACUGCAGCGACAAUUCCUCAAACCGAAAGAAAAGGUCCAUCGCCAAGUGGCUGUGCUGCCGUAUUUCUGUAAUCGCUGACCUGGCAAUGCACCCUUGUGGCGGGGAUCGCAGGAGGACUCUCAGCCGUGGCCAAACGACUCCCGCAAGUGUUGGUGAGACCCCGGACAGUGUGGCAUCGUCAAACCACCAGUGGCCGAGCCAGACUCCUUCACCGCUUUUCUCCUCUUCCCUUGACAAGACACCUGUCGCCAGACAUCACUUCUACCAUCUGAGAAAUGCUAGCCAGGUGAGGCUGGACGACAUCCCGAAGCUUCUGGAAGAAUACCGCCAACUUCUGAGAGAGCUGCAUCAAUCAGCAACUCCAUCAACUGCCAGCUAAUGCGAAACUUUGUGUGCAGAAAGGCACCGCAUGUGCUGCGUUGUCACACCCCUUGUGGAUACCAACCAUGUGUGCAUGUUUUUUUUACUGCCCCCCCCCCCCGCUCCUUUCUCUCCCCCCUCCUCUCUCCCCACUCAAUAAGAGUUUUAGCAGUUCACGAGGAGGAGGUUCGGUUGCGGCCAAUGCUCCUGCAGAAUUUUUCUACCUUUUUCUGGGUUUUUAACUUCUUAUAUUCACAUGUGUUUUCUCCUUCUUUUUGCUUCUUUUGUUAAACCACCUUACUUUGAGGUUUCUCUUUCCUGAGGCGUAUUUGUGCUGCGGGCCCAAAAAGAGAAACCAGCAUGACCCCUUUUUUUUUUUUUUUCGUUUUACGGCUGCGUGGGAACAAAUUAGGUGGGAAUGUACUGGGGGUUUAAGGCAUCUGCGUCUUGAUUCUGCUGUCAAUACAUUCACUUGGCGAGAUGGCAAUGCAAACGCCCUUUGAUAUACGGUGAAACAAUGGAGAGCAGAAUCAUCGUCCCUUGCGUGGUCAUCUGAGUUGUGCUCUUGGAAUUAUUGCGCCAUGACACCCGCGAAUGCAGACGAUCGACAAUUUGACACGUAGGCAAACGUCUGCAUACGGUGCCAAUGGACGGGUCUCCCGAGAGAAUCCUGAUAUGAAAUUGUUUAACCAUCAGGUUACUUCUUCUUUUUUUUGGCUCUGUGUUUUUUUCUUUCGUUGAUGACGAAUUUGAGUGGCAUUGCGGUGGCCACAUAGUAGAAAAGGUGCUGAAACGAAGAAGAAGGCCGAUUGGGUCUCUCUUGGAUCCAGCUGUAAAGCUUCAUGAUGCGUAAUCUCGUCGAAAUCAAGAAGUGGCACGCAGCCAAGGGUGUUUGCAGGUACUAGUGGUCUAGGCCCUCCCAGCCUUGACAUAGUCCUCAUCCAUUUUUUCAGCAUGUGGUGAAUCUACUGGUUCACUUCUCCUCUCCUCCCCCUUUCUUCGUUUUCGGGUCGAAGCCCUUAGCGAGUUUGAAUUUUGAAACUCACAAGGUUGAUUGGCACGUUCGUCGUAAAUGUUCUGUAUUUUCCGAUCACCGGAAGGGGCGAUCAAUCCCUGUGCCUUGCUCUGUCACAUGUGCAAUGCAUGAAACGGGCUCCUAUUACUUUUUCGUUUCUUUUUUUUUCUUUUCUUUUUUUUUUCAGUCUGGGUCUCUGAUAUCGUGAGCGAUUCUUUCUUACGGAUAGGCCUUUUCAGUUUGGUCUGUGAUAUCGCGAGCGAUUCUUUCUUCUUUUUCAGGUUGGGUCUCUGGUAUCGUGAGCGAUUCUUUGUUAUGGAUAGGCCUUUUCAGUUUGGGUCUCUGAUAUCGUGAGCGAUUCUUUCUUACAGAUAGGCUUUUAUAGGUGCAGAAACGACAUUGGAUGACGAACGAGGAUUGGGAAGGUAUCGGAGUUAUCUGCAUGUGCUGGGUCUCUGAUAUCGCGAGUGUACCUGAAUGAAGUUAAGGAGUGGGUUGUCGGCAAGUGUUGCAUUAAUCUCAAGUAGCCCCCGAGAGGGCUGGAGAAACAGACUAUGAACAACUGAAGGGCCUCACCGCUGCCUUGAGUUUGAACUUGAAAAGUCCCUACGUAGUUCGUUCUUGGACUGGUGACUAUGCGUUGGAAGAUGUAGGAAGCGAAAAAGGGACGGACAGACAUUCUCCCGAUUUCUCCCUCUAGAGAGAGAGAGAGAGAGCUUGUUGAUUGUUCUAAUAAAGGUUAGUAUUGCAGGUGCAUUCGAUUCAAUUGCUGCGUCAUCCAGCAUAUUGCGGUGGCUGACACAAACGAGUGACAUCAAAGGAAGGAGGCGAAGGAGAGCAUCUCGAGACGCGUAAGUUGAUUUCUAUCUCCCAUAGUUCUGUUCUUCAGACAUUUUUUUAUUAGUUUUACAUCAUAUCUAUGGUCACCGUGGGAACUAAACGUACAGUUAGUGAUGGAGAAAGUGAUAGAGGCCAAAUCCUUAGGGCAGCUUGUGAAAGAAAGAAUAUAGUGAUAGGAGGAAAGAAUAUUGUGAUAGGAGGAAAGAAUAUUGUGAUAGGAAGAAAGAAUAUAGUGAUAGGUACGAUUACGUAGUGUUGGGCAGAUGGAAAACGAAGUUUGAACUUUGGAUUUUUUAUGGAGGGGUGGGAUUUCAGAGCUAGAAAGCUUCUGGAAGUCUCAGGGUCUUUGUUCCUCUGGCAUGCUGAUGCAGGUGUCAGAGAUGUUGCAUGCUUGCUAUACGUGAAAUGAUCUGGGCUACCCAGGUGCAACCGCGAUUUACAGACGAUGUGCUUGAAGAACGCACAUGAUGCCAAUCCAUUACUUGCGAUGCAUGGCUGUGGCGCACAGUGUGCAUUUGGAGGGGUACAGCCUGUUCCUUUCCAGUUGGUGUGGUUGGUGGUUGGAUAAAGAAAGGCAAGUUAGGAAUCAUUUUUCUGGCUGGGAUGUCGAAUUGCACUGGGAAGUUCAAUACAUUAUCCCUGUUUUGGACCUAAGGCUACCAAUGACUACUGGUAGUGCACGUCUUCACACAUGCUGUCCUUGUGUGCGCAGUCAUUUCUCUAUGAAGUCACAUACACCUUCAAUGUCAUAUCCACAUAGUCUCACAAUGUGUGAAAGGACGGCGUAAGAGCCACAAGCAAUGACACACACACACACACACACACACACACACACACACACACACACAGAAACAGAGAAGAGAGAGAGAGAGGUGAUAAUUUCUCGGAUUCCUUCGUUAAGCGGCUCAAUGCAGUGUGCUCCAGCUUCCCCUUGUAAAGGAACAGAUAACUAUCCCUUUGACAUUGGUUUUCGUUUCUGUUCUUUUAUAUUCCAUUUUUUCCCAUGUGGCGAGGGUUAUCCCUCGAGCACGACAUCUAUGGGUUUAAUAUCCUGCAGUGCAAAAUGUGUCGCAGACACAGGUGAAUGGCAUGCAUUGCCUAUGGCAUCAUUUGCCCUCGAAAAAUAGAAUUGUUCACAACGGCUUCAGAGAAAUACAUAAAGAGUUUCAAAAUGGUUGUGCUGUCGUUCUAAUCUUUUAGAGCUCUCACAAUGUC